AGUGACGUGGAAAGCUGAAAUGACAGUUCAGAGUAGUAAGAAAGUCCUUGUUAAUAUCUGAAAUGUAUAUUUGGGCUAGGAAGAAUUAAACAACAGAUACCCACAGGUCUAAUCCAUGUCUAGUCUAACUAUUGGAUGCUUGAACGGCUUGCCAUACCCCUCCUGUGUCCUCCUCCUCGGCUGUAGAGAGCUGUUUAUCUGCCAGCAGAGCAAAGGGGAGUGUUUCCUUCUUGUCAGGGCACAGUUAACUUUCAGAUCAAAGUGUUAAUGCUGUGCAACGAAAAACCAACUCUGUGAAUAUGUCAUGCAGCCAGAGGAGAACAGACAGAGGAGCAGACAGACUCAUGAACACGACUUGGGUGUGAACAACUUUGGGACAGAAUGUCUCUCCUUUUAAUUUCCUGCCUUUCAAUUCUUCUGAUCGGCAUUGUUUUGCUAUGUGCCAUUUUCAGGUGGCUCAUUUGCACCCUAGCUGUGCGCUUCUUCCAGACAGCUCUGAACGCUGAUCUGAAGAUCAAAUCAGUCGGGCUGUUUUCUGUCCAAGGAGUCAGUAUCCAGUUUCACCCCCAGCAUAUGCUGGAAAUUGACAGGAUAUGGAUUUCAAGUAAACUUCUCAACCAGGAUUUGCCGAGAUAUUUGGCGUUGUGUGUUGGUGAAACUAGAGUGAGGUUUGACUUGCAAGCACCACUCAAACCUUUGGUGAAGAAGAGCCAUGGGAAACAAUCUGGGAAGAUUUCAGUCAGCCCCACAACGCUGCGCUUUCUGUCACAACUGCUGUCAUUCCACAUCAGCUCCAUUAAUGUGAUGGUACUGAACAUCGCACUGUCAGAGUCUCUGUGGCACAUGACCAUUUCCGGCAUCACCUUGUUACUCGACCACCAGAGUAAAAGGCUGGCAUGGGACUUCUCAGUCGGGCAGCUGAGCAGCAAAGUGCUGAAAAGCAGUCAACUGGAUAUCUGUUUGGCUGAAGUGGCCUUGAGCCUGCUGCUGUCUGGAGAUGUGAGCUUACCAGACAUGAAGCCAGGUUGUUUGUCCCUGAAUGUGAGGACACUCAUCGCAGAGCUGCAUGAGGGACUAUUUCUCAGCCAACUCCUGCUGCCACCAUCUCCUCAAAAGAGUAGCCAAGAUUCAUCUGAAUGUAAAAACAUCGAUUUCAUCCAGACUGAGACUGUUGAGCGGUUUCAUCGGCUGAUCCCCCAGAAGGUCGACGUGGAAUUUGAUAACACAAAUGUAACCCUGUCCAUGCACAGCCAGAAAAGACACCUAAACUGGACCCUAAAGUCGUUAAAAGUCUGCUACGGACGUGACGAUGAGCAGCUCCCUCUCAGAAGCUUCACUCCUGAGCUGAGCUUUCCCCAGAGCAGCCUGGAGCUCCAACUGGAGGAUGGACUUCUCCUCUCGCAAAGUAGACAAAGAAUCCUUUGUGUGAACUCGCUGAAGACGACUCUGCAGGUGACAUCAAUUGACAUCUCAGGAUCGCUCACAAUCAACACUUGCAUCAUCCACUACCGUCACCAGGAGUUCUCCCAUUGGCUGAAUCUAUUUCCAUGGGAACAGCUCAUCCACAGAAAAGCAGCACAUCGAAAAAGGCGCCUCCCUCACCUGGACGCCCCUGUGAUGAUCACCUCCACUGUGUCAAAUGUUAACGUGUCCGUUCAGCUGGGUGACACAACACCUUUCGCUCUGGGCUUCCUCUCUGCCAACACAGAAUUGCAGCAUCUCCUCGACAUUAAAGUUGACCCAGAGAGCGCAGAGUCCCAGAAUGUGCACCAGCGAGCCGCACUAACCCUCGACAACUUCUGGUGGAGAGUGGGUCAAGGGUCUCAUAUCCAACAAGCACCCCACCCUCCUGGUAAACAUGUGUGGGGAGAGGCGCUAAUUUUAGACUCACUUGUACUUCAGGGGAGUUACAACAGACCACAUCUGGAGUCCAGCAGCCAGGCUCCAAGUCUGAGCAUAGAGUCGGUUCUGAAAGGGCUCCAAGUGGAGCUUUCAGAGACGUGUGCACUGUGUCUGUCUCGCCUGCUGUCCCUCAUCUGUGUUCCUCGAGACACACAGCUUUCAAAUGUGGCAGCAGUAUCGCCACCUAGUGAUGAAACUGUACAACUCACCCCCUCCUCACAGCUACAACUGCUGUUUAAACUGGACUGUUGUCUGGAGGAUGUCAAUGUGUUCACUCUUUCUAAUCUAGCAGGAGCUGUGUCGGUACGGAUGGACUCUGUCAGAGUCCUCAGCUCUGCAGAGAGUUCCACGGUGUCUCUUUAUGGUGUCAGCAUAUCAGUGAUCAAAACGGUCACAGAGAGCAUGGAACUAUGUCGCCCAGCCUCGCAGAGUGAAAGUCCUCUGCUCAAACUCACCACUAUAGCCUUUAGUUACCACAUCACCACCCACACCUUACAGAUUCAAUGUGAAGAGGAUCUAAUUGUUGAAUGGACGCCUCCAGACCACAUGGUGUUGUAUCAGCACAUGACUGAAGCUCAGGCAUGUUGGCAACUCCUCAGUGGAGAGAGAGCGAAGGAGAGUCCAAUCACGCCUACAGAGACAGAGACCGUUCCAGGCCACGGUAGACGUCUGUGUGUGCGGGUUGAUCUGGGCCGCACUCAUCUGACAGCCCAUGUUAGUGAGGAGAACUACAUUCUGCUGCACACAGAAGCUCUCUCACUCUCCAAGCAUGCCGCCUCCAUGCACAUACGCUCUCCCUCCGUGAACUUCAACUUUGACGGCCACAACAUUGUCUCCUUUAACGGUUUGGACGUCGAAGCGCACGCAGAGCUGACCGAGAUGCAGCUGCACAGAGACACCUUCCCCUUCCUCACCACUCCUCACAACAGAGUCUGGGUCCUCACGUGUCCCUCUAUGUUUGUCGAGUUCCCCUACCAGUACGAUUUCUCAAACACCUUCGAUAUGGCCAUCAGUGUGCAGAAGUGGUUGAAGACUCUGCAUCGCUCCGAUAGCCCGGAUUCGACAGACCAAUGUCUGCCUCCUGACCUGGUGUUCAAAAUCAGCCAGUUCUCUUUCGUCUUCCUCGAUGACGUCUUCGAAAUCAAGCUGAGAGACAACUACGAGCUGAUGAAGGACGAGAACAAGGAAAGUGCAAAGCGUCUUCAGCUCCUGGAUAAAAAAGUGGCAGAUUUGCGUAAGCAGCAUGGAGAGCUUCUCCCUGCUAGAAAGAUCGAAGAGCUGUACAGUUCACUGGAGAAGAAGCACAUUGAGAUCUACAUCCAGCGUUCUCGCCGCCUCUAUGCCAACACACCCAUGAGGAAGUCUCUGCUGACCUGGACGGUGUCUGAUCUGGAGUUCGUGGCCCUGGCUGAUCACUCUCUUCACGGGCCAGAGAAGGUGAGGGAGCAGCUGAGGGACAUUGACAAAGUUAGUCCCUUCCCCAGAGACGGACUCCCUCUGGUGGUUCAGUGGUGCCGUGCUGUCAAGUUUAAACUGGUUGCUUUUUUGGUGAGAAUACGGGAUUACCCUCGCUACCUGUUUGAGAUCCGUGACUGGGAGCUGUCAGGGCGUCUGAUUGGGACAGAGCAGGAUGGACAGGCCAGGGCUCAUCGCAAAGAGACCGUCCCACUGGGUCCACCAUGGGGAGAUGUGACAGUCCACAGAAAUAUGCCGCCACUCAAGUUCUACUAUGAUUUUAAAUCAAACAUCUCUCUGUACACUAUUGUGUGGGGGCCAUGUUGGGACCCUGCCUGGACUCUGAUUGGCCAGUCUGUUGACCUGCUAACCAAACCCACAGCCGACCCCUCACCUCCUCUGGCCUGGUGGGACAAAAGUCGUCUCGUUCUUCAUGGACACUGGAUGAUGGACAUCGAGCAGGCCAAUCUUCAUCAGCUGGCUACAGAGGAUCCCUACAACACCACAGAGAACAUGCACUGGGAGUGGAGUAAGCUGAACUUUGAAUGGAAGCCUGGGCAGUUUAUUUUCAAAGGAGAUCUGGACGUUAAUGUCAGGACAGCAUCAAAGUACGAUGAUAUCUGUUUUCUACACCUGCCCAAUCUAUGUAUGACCCUUGACCUUCAGUGGCUUUGCCAUGGCAACCCCCAUGACCACCACGCUGUAAUGCUCUGCUGUGCGGAAAGCGUUGCAGACGUGACCUCAGGACAACCCCAUGACUCCUACAGAGCCUUUCGCUCUGAGAACCUCAACCUCUCCAUCACCAUGGACCUUAACCAGCACUUUGGCUCAGAAGCCUCCCAGCCUCGGAUUCUGCUGUACAGCAGCACUCUCCGCUGGAUGCAGAACUUCUGGGCCACCUGGACGGGUGUUUCUCGACCGAUCUGCAGAGGCAAGCUGUUCCACAGCCUCAGGCCUGUGCGCAAGAAGCUGGGUCAGCACUACAAACAGAUGUCCUACACAGCUUACUUCCCACAACUACAAGUGCAUUAUUGGGCCUCCUUCGCCCAGCAGAGAGGGAUCCAGGUGGAGUGCAGCAAAGGGCACGUCUUUACUCGGGGAGCACAGAGACUGAUUCCACAGGCUGGCACUGUGAUGAGGAGGCUGAUAUCUGAAUGGAACGUAACUCAGAUGGUAAGUGAGCUCUCCCAGGUGACCGUUCAUCUGAUGGCCUCCACCUGGGACGAGACGGCCGACCACCAGAUCAACGCUCAGGUGAAGAAGACUCACCUGGUCAGCUUGUCCUCCCUGAGUUACCAGCGACAGAGCAACCGCAUGGAAGAGGAGGUGAACCAGAAGGAUGAGACUAACGCCUCUUACACGCACAAACUGCGGCUGGUGGACCUGCGUGCCUCUUGGACCACCACCAACAGGAACAUAGCCUUUGGGCUGUAUGACGGUUAUAAAAAAGCGUCUGUACUGAAGAGGAAUCUGUCCACUGAGGCGCUAAAAGGUCUGAGGAUUGACACGCAGCUGCAGACCAAGAAGCUGAAACGCUCUCCCUCCAACUACUCGCCCACAGCACCGACCACACCGGUCAUGCCCACCAUCAGUAGAGCAGAAAAGAGUCAGCAUGAAGGGACAUCGAUGCUCCAGAAACUGAUUGAAGAGACGGACAAGUUUGUGGUGUUUUCAGAGGAGGAUUCUGGAGUCAGUGACCAGCUGUGUGGGAUUGCAGCCUGUCAGACUGAUGAUGUCUACAACCGCAACUGGUUUAUCGAGCUGGUCAACUGUCAGAUGAUGCUGCGUGGCACGGAGACAGCAGGCUGCGUGUUGGUGUCUGCAGCGAAGGCUCAGCUGCUCCAGUGUGAGCACCACCCGUCCUGGUACAACGACACUCUGAAGCAGAAAACCACCUGGACCUGUUUGCUGGAUGGCAUGCAGUACUUUGCCACCAUGGAGCCCAACCCGUCUGAGCAGGAGGACAGACAGCUGUGGCUGGAGGUGAAAAACAUUGAGGAACACAGACAGCGUAACCUGGACUCAGUGCUGGAGCUGAUGGAGAGCGGCCAGGCUGUAGGAGGAAUGGUUAGCACCACAACAGACUGGAAUCAGCCGGCCCAGGUGAACGAGGCUCAGCAGGUUCAGCGUAUCAUCUCACGUUGUAGCUGCCGGAUGCACUACAUCAGUUACAGUCAUGACAUCAACCCAGAGGUGGCCACACAGAUCAAACCACCAGAGCUGAGGAACAACCACGAGAAAGAGGACCUGCUGAAAAAACAGGCCGGGGCUGUGGACACCUUCACCCUCAUCCACCAUGACCUUGAGAUCUCCACUAACCCUGUGCAGUACGCUAUGAUCCUGGACAUCGUCAACAAUCUGCUGUUACACGUGGAGCCCAGACGCAAGGAGCACAGUGAGAAAAAGCAGCGUGUUCGUUUCCAGCUGGAAAUAUCAAGUAACCCUGAGGAACAGCGCAGCAGCAUCUUGCACCUCCAGGAGGCAGUUCGGCAACACCUUGCACAGAUUAGACGCCUUGAGAAACAGAUUUACUCCAACAUUAGAGCGCUACCUGAGGAACUGAGUGGGGACGAACUGAUGGAGAUCAACACAAGACUGCAGAACCAGCUGAACCAGGAGAAGAACGACAUGCAGAUGAAGAGUGAAGAGCUCAACAUCCUCAUCAGAUGUUUUAAGGACUUCCAGCUGCAGCGUGCAAACAAACUGGAGCUGCGGAAGCCUCCAGAGGAUGUUAGCGUGGUGAGGAGAACGGAGAUCUACUUCGCUCAGGCUCGCUGGUGUUUGACUGAAGAGGACGGACAGCUCGGGAUUGCAGAGCUGGAGCUGCAGAGAUUCAUGUACAGUAAGCUGAACAAAUCUGACGACACAGCAGAGCAUCUGUUGGAGUUGGGCUGGUUCACGAUGAACAAUCUGCUGCCCAAUGCGGCAUACAAGGUUGUCAUUCGUCCUCAGAGCCCGUGUCAAUCAGGACGUCAGUUUGCUUUGCGCAUCUUCAGUAAAGUGCGCCCCCCUGUGGGAGGAAUCUCUGUGAAGGAGCACUUUGAGGUGAACGUCGUGCCUCUCACCAUCCAGCUGAUGUACCAGUUCUUCAAAAGGAUGAUGGGCUUCUUCUUCCCAGGGAGAAACGUUGAGGAAGAGGAGGUGACUGAUGAGGAGGACAAGUUCAGGCUGGUCACCACAGGUAUCCCUGUCAAGCCUCGGCAGCUGUCAGAGGACACCAUUGGCGCUCUGGGCCCCAGCAAAGGUGUUGCCCAGGGGCUGAACCGCACGGCCGGGGUCAGGAGGUCAUUCAGGAAACCUCCAGAGCAUCCUGUUGAUGACAUCGAUAAAAUGAAGGAGCGAGCUGCUAUGAAUAACUCCUUCAUCUACAUCAAGAUUCCUCAAGUGCCCCUCUGUGUCAGCUAUAAGGGAGAGAAGAGUAGUGUGGACUGGAAGGACCUGAACCUGGUUCUGCCCUGUCUGGAGUACCACAACAACACCUGGACCUGGCUGGACUUUGCCAUGGCUGUUAAAAGGGAUAGCCGGAAAGCACUUGUAGCACAGAUGAUAAAAGAGAAGCUGCGUCUGAAGCCGGCCUCAGGCUCAGACCUGCGGGGGAAGACGUCUGAGGGGAAGUCGGACAACAGCCUGCAGCAGCAGGAGGAGGAUGAGAAGGCACGGCUCCUCAUAGGCCUCAGCUCGGUCGACAAGAGCUCCAGCAAAAAGAGCAUCUUUAGCCGACGCAAGUAAAAAAACAACACAUUCACACUGUAAGAAGUCGCCUGAAUCGGCUCCAGCGGCUGCAACACUCCCUCAGUGCAUUGAUCAGGGAAAAAGCAGCCUGCCUGACAGGAGUCGAGAUAUCAUUCUGCUUUGUGAAUCUCAAUGAAAAAUGGAGAUUGAGCAUUUCAGAGCAAACUUUACUGUAUCAUACGAGCCUGCUGAAUUUAUAGAAAUAUUCUGGAGUGUUUGUUCUUAAAAAAUGUUCCUGAUGUGUCUCAGACUUCUGUACCUUAAACAGCUCCAGGAUUACCACAGGGUGCCAUUCUGACCAAAUAUAAAUACAUUUACAGUUUAUUUGUGUGCCAUUUAAAUUUCACUCACGGCUACUUUCACAUCGACCACUUCUGUUGCAUUGAAUGUAGCGAGGAAGAUCAACAGUGCGUAGCUAGCACUUCACUGUCACUGUUUCCUCUGCUUCUCCACAUGAACAGACCGACUGCACCUUUUCCUGCUGGUUCAGGAACACUGUACGUCUAACCUGUAAAAGUCUGCAACACAUAAGACUACAUUAAAGCACCUUCAAUGCUUUGAAAGGCCAUAGAUAGAUAGAUAGAUCAGAUAUGUUUUAUUGAUUGAGUAAAGUGUAUACGGCUGUAUGACUGUCUCUCUGACAGGAAGGCCUUUUCCCACUCAAGAUACUAUUUUAUAUUUUACCUGGAAAUGCCUGUCUGCAUUCCUCAGCUCGCUGAGUGACUGAACCUCACCCCAGUGCAAUAUAUCAAGAAGAGAGCAACAGAGACAUGUUCAUUUGAUGUUUAUCGUGGCAGAAAAUGCAGCUAAUCCCAGAGUGUAUGUUUUGUAAUUUUAAUACUAAAGCACUUUUUUAUGCAAAGUAUUUUGAUAUUUUUGAAACCACGGUUGUUUUCGGUUGAUUUCUUGUAUAACUGUGCUGCUCAGCCUGUUAUUUCAGUCACAUUUCUAUCAAGAAGAAAAUGCCCUUAACAUUUCAAAUAAACGGAUCAUAUCUCAAAAAGAAUAUGUAUUUACAUCUAUAUCAGCUGUGUGUCUUAUUGUUUCUCUGUCAAUAAAAAGUGUAAGUCUCA